AUGAGCCCAAUGUACUUGCCGAACGAACAAUGCAGUGCGAAGAGGGUCUCGAGUUCUGGGAAACUGUUCAUGGGGAAGGUUCGCAUGUCGAAUGUUGCACCUGUGCCAUCGAGGAUUCGGAUGUUGGUGGGCUCGCAACUGUUCAGCAAGUUCCAACACCAUGCCUCGAAUGACUUUCCCGAAUAUCUAGGCCAUCUAUAUUCGCGAAAGGCGAAUGGCAUUUUGGAGUUUGCCAGGACUGACAAAGCCAUGAGCAAUGUCGAUCAUCCGAACGAGCCGAUGUUCGUAGAGCCGCAAGUAUUGAUUCCACGACUUGCACACUCUUUGAAGCGCGACACGAGAUCGAGGAAUACCGGCACGGAGAUGGAAUAA